UACAUCCAGUGCAUGCACGAGGUGCACACCUUCGUCUCCAGCUGCCCCGGCAUCGACGCCACCACGGCCGCCGAGCUGCUCAACCACCUGCUGGAGUCCAUGCCCCUCGACGAGGGCGGCUUCCCGGACUUGAUGGCGGACGUUUUGGCAGAUCCCGGCCCCUGGCCCGGCAGCGAGGUGUUGGCCCCGGUGGCCGAGGCCGCCCUGGGCCUGGCCGUCCCCGCCUCGGCACCUUCGCCCUCCCCCAGCGAAGAGACCUGCUCCGACUCGGACGAGGCGGAGGCUGAGGGGAGCCAGACCUCCACCGACGGACUGGACGCUUCCCAGACACGCGGCCUGCCUUCGCCUAGCUUACCCAAAUCCAUGUGGAGACCUUGGUAA